CGACUUGCGUCAGGAUGUGGCUCAGGCGAGGACCCGUAGUGACGUCAGCCGAUGGAAAUUGUCAGAGUGGCAAGAUGGCGACGGAACCAAAUAAGACAGAGAUCCUCACCAUCUUCAAGAGGCUGAGAUCUGUUCCCACCAACAAGGUAUGUUUCGACUGCGCUGCUAAAAACCCCAGCUGGGCAAGUAUCCCCUACGGCGUGUUCCUGUGCAUCGACUGCUCCGGCAUCCACCGCUCCCUGGGCGUGCAUCUCAGCUUCAUCAGAUCCACUGAGUUAGACUCCAACUGGAACUGGUUUCAGCUCAGAUGUAUGCAGGUUGGAGGCAACGCCAACGCGUCGUCUUUCUUCCGCCAGCAUGGCUGCUCCACAAACGACACCAAUGCCAAGUAUAAUAGCCGUGCAGCCCAGAUGUACAGGGAGAAGAUUCGGCAGCAAGCUAAUGCUGCGUUGUCUAAAUAUGGCACAGAUCUCUGGAUCGACUCUUCUGCAGGAGGAACCCCAGCAGCUCCCGAGAAGAAAGAGACCGAUUUCUUUGCCGAGCAUACGCAGCCUGCUAAUGACUGGAGUAUGGCGCCGCCCUCUGAGCCGGAGCAGAACGGAGCCAACCUUUCCCCGCAGCUGACAGACACGACACCCAAACUCCAGGAAGGCACCCAGCUGGAGGAAGGACCCAGCAUCGAUGGUCUGAGCACGUCACCCAAAGCCUCCAUUGACGACUCCAUGCGCUUGUCGCCACAGGAAGGACGAACACUUGAAGAUGUGAAAACGUCCAUCAUUGGAAAGAAGAAGCCCAUGGCUGCCAAAAAAGGGCUGGGGGCCAAGAAGGGUCUGGGAGCCCAGAAGGUGAGCAGCAAGAGUUUCUCUGAGGUGGAGAAACAGGCACAAGUAGCCGAGAAGCUCCGAGAGGAGCAGGCUGCUGAGGCAAAGAAACAAGCCGAGGAAUCCAUUGUGGCCUCCAUGCGCUUGGCUUACAAAGAACUGGAGAUCGACAGGAAGAUGGAGGAAAAGAAGCUUCAGAACAUGGAGGGCAAGAAGAGAGAGCAGGCCGAGAGACUGGGCAUGGGCUUCGGAAACAGGAGUGCCGUGUCUCACUCCGUGAUGUCAGAGAUGCAGGUGAUCGAGCAGGAAACUCCCGUUGGAGCCAAAUCCUCCUCUCGCUCCAAACUGGACAUGUUUGAUGAGCCGGGCUUCACCUCUGGACCGCCAAAGUAUAAGGACAACCCGUUCACAGUGGGUGAUAGCUUCGGAUCGCGGUGGGACACUGAGGGAGGAGGCUCCUCCUUCACCACGUCCUGGGCUCUGGAGAAGGAGGACCCCAAAGAGGAGGUCACCAUCUCUAGUAUUCAGCCAAUUGGAGAAAGACUUUCCAGCAGGAGAAAAGCUGAGGUGUCGGCUCCGGUGUCAGAGUCGAGUGAGGCCAGGCAGAAGUUCGCCAAUGCAAAGGCCAUCUCGUCCGACAUGUUCUUUGGUCGGGAGAGCUGCGCCGAGUACGAUGCUAAGACGAGACUGGAGAGCAUGUCCGGCAGCACCUCCAUCAGUUCAGCCGACCUGUUUGGAGAAGACAGCGACCAUAAAGGGAGGGCGGCUGGCUUUGACGGCGUGCUCCCCUCGGGCCCCGACAUCGCACAGUUCAAACAGGGAGUGAAGACUGUAGCGGGCAAGAUGGCCGUCCUCGCCAACGGGGUCAUGAACACGAUCCAGGAUCGUUACGGCUCCUACUGAUCAGUGGCGACUGUGGGAAGACGCACUAACUGACGCCCGAGCAGAGCCGAGCAGCCUCCUGACGACCACGAGCAUCUGGACGGGAGAGACGGGAGAGACGGUUGCAUGGGGAAGAGAAAUGUCUUCUCUCUCAUCCCUCUUUUAGAGACAGUUCUACAGGAGUGAGACAGUAUUUCCUUCUCUCAUUAGCAGACUCUCGUCUUAUUUUCAUAAAGGAAACCAUCGCAGUGUCGUCUUUUUUUAAACCAAGUCAUGUUGUAAUAUACCACCGAGAAAGUUUUGGUCUUAGAUUUUCAAAGAGUUAACUCUUCUAUAUUUUAUUCCUUCUACAUAAAUCAAAGUGUUGUUAUUGAUGAUUAUUAUGAAAUUCUUCAUCUCUUGUUUUUAUCAUGAUAUUAAAAAAGUCACAGUAUAUAUUUUCAUCUUUAAGCGUUAAUCUGAAUCCAGUUCAGUUUGUAAACCGGUUGUUUCAUUCACAACUGUCUGGAUCGUUGUGUUUCUGUGUGGGUGAAGAUUUAGUUCAGUCACUGGAGUGUCAAACAUCCGAUGUCCUCGCUGGUUAUUUAUUUGUCUCCUGAAAAGCUGUUGAACCCAGGAAGCGCUCGGAGGAAUCAGAUACUUCUGCUUUGUGGUGUCGGAGCUGUUUAACCCAGAUUACUGUUAAAGUUGACGUAAAUCCCAGCUCAUAAAACGACGACACUGUCUCGACUGCAUCUCAGUUUCACUUCGACCGACUCAACGAACCUCAACACGUUCUGUGGAUGCUGCCGGUUUCCCUCCCUCAUCAGAUUAACCUUUUAUUUUGAAAGGCCAAUGUCGUCAGUUUACAUGUUUAUCUUUUACAUUGCAGACAUGUUGGCCGAUGAAAAGACAAAGAACCAUUUCAGUUUUUGUGUAACACUGACCAGGUCGCAUGCAAGUGAAUACGAUCCCACUGUAACGUCUGUUUCUGCUCACGACACGUGAAACAACUUGUUGAACGAUUUUCCGUGACUGUUUCCCACCACAAGAAAUUACCAACCACGCAGAUUGAAAGGAUGAAACAUUCAACUAUUUAUUUGUAGGCUACAAAAAGAAACUUAUUCAGUAUGUUAAUAAAGAUUUGAAACCUC